GCAGGGGUAUGAGCAGCGGGUCCUCGGACGAGUGUUGUACCCCGGGGUGCAAUGCACCAUACUACUUGGUCCAGCACAACGGCCUCUGCACAGACUGCAACCUUCGCGGUGGCCGCGCUACCUCGUCGCGAAGCUCGUCGUCGACGUCAAGCGGCGGACAGCAGACGGGCUCCUCGUUCUCGGGCGAGCUGACGGAUACCUCGUCGUCCGAGGCACCCGCCCGCCGCCGUGGACGCAAGACAGACUCGAGCUCAGCCACAGAGGCACGCCCUAGCCUUGCCGCCCAGGACUCGCUUGCGCAGCUCUUGGACAAGGGUGCGUUCAAGCACGGAACGAGCCAUGAAGAGUAUGUCCGUAUGGUCGCCGCCCGCCUCCACCACAAGUGGCGCCUCAACCGCAUGCAGCCCGAUGGCUCUUUCCUGCCCAGACCGAAGCUUGUGGACGAUGUAGAGUAUGACAUUGCCAACUUGGACUACGACGAACUGCCGGAACGGUACAAGCACGAGAACAGGGAGGCGGCGCGGGUGGCGUGCGAGUCGGUCAAGGCUGUCAUGGGCUCAUCAAAAUCGGCGCGGGCCAUCAAGGACAAUCUCAAUGACGACUUUAUCAACAAGGCUGCCGAUGCCCAGCAUGUGGCAUGGAUCGAGCGUAACCGCGAAACUGCAGACCCCUCCCUCCUUGUGCCCUACGACGAGCUUCCUGAAGAUGAGAAGGAGAAGGACCGUCUCAUUGUCCGCGAAGCCAUCCGCCUUUACCGGCUGUGGUGCAUCCGCUCGCCGUCGCAUGUCCAGGCCUGGCCUGGCAUCGGCGCUGCGCAAUGAAGCUCAACCAAAUGCG